AGAGCAAGGUGUGUUUGGGUGUUUGAAGGCAAUUUGGUAUUAAGCAGGGCAUUUCUAUAAUACUGAGAUUCUCUAGAGUGCGCUGUUGAUUACCCCAGAAAAAACUCAAAAUUGGCCAAACGUUCAACCAGCCCGUUAUCUUCCCACCUUAAAUGUCAGAUUCCUCCACCCUGGAUCUCCUCUUCUUCUACGGCUAUUUAAUAGGAGCUAGUAAACAAGAAACUAUUCCUUCGAGGAGAGACGAACCGCACAUAUUUAAUGGCUUGUAUGCGGCUGAUCUUGUCGGAUUUUAUCCUUUCCUUCAUGUGGGUAUGGUCAGGGGCUCUCAUCAAGUUCUUUGUUUACAAUAUUCUAGGGUUCGGUUUUGAAACCAAAGGAGAAAUCCUCAAGGCUUCUCUGUCAAUCUUGAGUAUGUUAUUCUUUGCUUGGUUGUGUAAGAUAAGCAGUGGUGGGUCUUACAAUCCUCUCACCGUAUUGUCGGGUGCUAUUUCUGGGAAUUUCACUGGAUUUCUAUUCACUGUUGGUGCAAGGAUUCCUGCUCAGGUACUCGGAUCUAUUUCUGGGGUUAAGUAUAUCAUUGAUACCUUUCCUGGAAUUGGACAUGGUCCCCGCCUGAAUGUUGACAUCCAUCGAGGUGCACUGACAGAAGGACUCCUAACUUUUGCAAUUGUUAUUAUCUCACUUGGACUUGCUCGAAGCAACCCCAGCAGCUUUUUCAUUAGAGCAUGGGUCUCGAGUGUCUCCAAACUAACACUUCAUAUACUGGGUUCCGAUCUGACAGGUGGAUGCAUGAACCCUGCCUCUGCCAUGGGAUGGGCUUAUGCCCGUGGAGAUCAUAUAACCAAAGAGCAUAUAUUUGUAUACUGGCUUGCACCAAUUGAGGCAACUCUCUUAGGAGUGUGGACGUUCAGGUUGCUUGUUCAGUCCAAGAAGCUCAAGGAGGAGAAGAAGAUUAGCAAGAGCGUCAAAUCAGAGUGAAUGGUUGUCAGGCUGCUUUGUAUUAUUUGUAUUUCUUUUCAUUUUCCUAUUGUCAAUCCUCUCUUUGUCAAGUGGGUUUUGUGCAGUGACAUUGGCGGUAACAAACUUCAUUUGUAUAGCCCUGGAUUAAGAGCGAGCUCAUGCUUCGCAGACCAUUUUGUAAAGCUUCCUGUCGGGACAAUUCUUCCA